AUGCCUGAAUUAAUUGAAAAUCUCUUAUCAACUGAUGAAGCGAAUGAUGCAUUCAAUGCUCUACGACCCGAAGGUAAUGAAGUUAAUUAUGGUCAAUAUUAUGCAAUGACAGAUAAUGCUUCACUCGUUCGUCUACCACGUUUAAUGGCGUUUCAAGCAACAAUGAAUGAAUCAGGUGAUUUUCCUUGGUAUCGAUGCACCAUGUCAUCUGUUCCUCAAAAUAAAAUCGUUUACACCCUAUGGACACCAACUAUUCAGAAAGUUAAAGAUUCAAUAGAGCAAAAAACAGGCGAGACUUGGAAUUUAGCUCAUGUUAUCUAUUAUCGAGAUGGUGAUGACAGUAUGGGCAUGCAUAGUGACACAAUGUUGGAUUUAGCACCCGGUUCCAAAAUCGCUGUUGUAAGCUUUGGUGCUACAAGACAAUUGGAAUUGCUCAAAAAACGCCAAAGUACGAUGGAUGGACCGUCUAACAUGAAAUUUGACCUUCCUGGCAAUUCACUAUUCUUACUGGACGAAGAGACAAAUAAACAUUAUGUACAUGGAAUCCGGAAGAAAAAAAAACACGAUGUUGAAGAUCGUAUUGCAAUUGUCUUUCGACAUGUAACAACAUUCAAAACUGAUGAUGACAAAUUUUAUGGCUAUGGAUCAGCAUUUUUAACAAAACAGGAUAUUGUUCAACAAAAAGUACAACAAGAAAUCGUUCACUAUCUACUUUCAGUCAUACUGACUGCUCUUAUGGUUUUCUUCUCUCCAAUCCUGACGACGCAUUGGUGGCAGAAAUUAGUUAUUAGCGGAUUUACUUGGUAUCUCCUUUACAUCGCUGUGAAAAGAACUGACCGAAGUGUGCGAGAUUAUCGCAACAAUAAAAACAAUGAGCGUCUACAGGAAUUAUGCCGUAUGAAAAACUUCAAGAUCUGGGACCAAACAGACAUGAGAAAAUUUUUGAAAUACUCAUAA